UUUGUGUGGACUUCUUGGGCCAGCAUUCCCGAUGGUUGUGUGACUAGAGCUGCCUGUAUCAUUAUUGCACAUGAAACUUCUUUGUCCAUUCCUUUGUUCACAGAAUUUGCAGGUGUCCAGUUCUACAGAGCUAAUGUGGUCUUGGACCCCAAGACAGCUCACCCAAGACUGAACGUUUCAGAUGGAAAAUGUUUUUGGGACACAGGAAACAUAUCUAAGGUUCCUAAUUGUGAGGAGAGGUUCGACUCCCAUACAUUUGUUCUGGCAACCGAAUGUUUUUCCAAAGGAAGACAUUACUGGGAAGUGGAAGUUGGCCAGAAAAGAAAGUGGGAUUUAGGGGUUGCCUCUGAAUUUGCUCAUAGAAAAGGGGAGAUCACGCUGUCACCUCAGAAUGGCUACUGGGUUAUAGGACUCGAAGGUAGAAAAAAUUAUUGGGCUCGGACAGAAAAUUGGACCUAUCUUAAAGUGAGUGGGAAGCCAACGAAAAUAGGGAUAUUCCUAAACAUGCCAGCUGGAAGCCUAUGUUUUUAUGAUGUCCACAAUAAAAGGAAGUUAUACACAUUUUCUAUUUGUUGUUCUGGGAAGCUGUAUCCCUUCUUCUCUACAGGCUCUGUAGCUGAAGAGCUAGACAGACAGCCACUGAAGAUUUCCCCAUGGUUUAAAGAAGAUGACAUUGUUGAGGAAGAUGGGAAGAAAGCAAGCAUCUCAGAGAUGGCCCAGGAUUAGUGUAAAUCUUUCUUUUAAUGAAAACAGCAGGAGAGAAGUAGAAGUGGUUUAAAAAACCUAGACUAAAAGCAUCCUUGUUUAAAGGUUUAUAUUAUCACAACUAUGGGGGGGGGUCUAACCAAAAGGAUGCAACUUUUUAAACAUAAAAUUUAGAAAUUUUUGGUGGGAAAAUUCAUUAUGUAAUUACAGAAACAGAAUGGAUUUUCUGUAUUGUUCCUGCUUGUUGUUUAUACUGUUGUAUACUUUUCUUGUGACCAAUGUAAACAUAUGUGACCUCUUUACAUAAUAGUUUGUGUUGUAGCAAGUAGAACAUAAUUGAACUUAGCAUUCAACUAUUUGUGUAUUAACUGGCUUGAACUUCCCUACAAAAAGAAUAAAGGAGUAUGCAAAAGCUA